AUGGCUGCUGCUAGAGGACUUUUUAAUUAUCAUCCUAAAUGCAAGAAAGUAGGAAUCACUCACUUAUCAUUUGCUGAUGACCUACUGAUAUUCUUUAAGGGUAAUGUUGAAUCAGUAAUUGGUGUCAUUACUGUUCUUGAAAGUUUCUAUGAGAUGUCUGGUCUGAAUUUAAAUGCUGCAAAAUGUAUGUUCUUCACUGCUGGAAUUUCUCUUAGUCACAUCGAGCAUAUCAAGCAAGCUACAGGGUUCACUUAUGGUCAUUUACCCGUUCGAUACCUUGGAGUACCAUUGAUAACUCGCAAACUCUCUGAAAAUGACUGUGAAUCCCUCAUUGCAAGUAUUAAAGCUAGGCUCGCUCUAUGGUCUGGUAAAAAUCUGAGUUACGUGGGAAGACUUGAACUCGUUCGAGCAGUCUUGUUCAGUAUUGCUAAUUACUGGUGCCGGCAGCUUCCCCUUCCUCAAGCCAUAAUAAGCAAAAUUGAACAACUUUGCUAUAGCUUGCUUGAUCAAACUCUUAAAGAAUCUACUGGCUGGAGAGGGUUCUCUUGGAUUGCUUGGAACCAUGCUUAUGUAAUAAAGGGUAGAAAUCUGUGGCAAAUGGAAAACAGAGCCAGUUUCAGCUGGAGUUUCAAUCGUAUCCUCAAAUUACGCAGUGCAGCAACCACACCUAUUUCGAAUGGGGCAUCCUCUGUUAAAGACAUUUGGCAGGAGAUUAGGGUGAAGGAAAUCAAAGUUCCCUGGCAUUCAUUGAUUUGGUUCCCACAACAUAUUCCUAAGCACAGUCUCAUUGCUUGGAUGGCAAUCCUCGACAGACUGCCAACCCGAGACCGACUGAUGCGAAUGGGAAUUAUCACCUAA